AUGCCCCUUUUGCGUGACGCUGCAAAGAGUGAACGUGGUGACUUCACCGAGUGGGGCAUCUCAGCGGAGAGUGGAGGGGUUUAUUUUGAUGUUAUGAAUCCCUUAACGGGACAAAUUGUAGAUAAAUCCUUGAUUUUCAACAUCAGGAUCAGCGAUGUGAACGAUCGUGCACCCCAGUUCCCUGAGAAGGACUUUAACAUCGGCGUGAAGGAGAACCACACUGCAGGUUGUCAACCUAUUUUUCAGAUGUUAACAGUGGAUUUGGAUCAAGAAAAUACUCCAAAUUCUCAUGUCCUUUACUUCCUUGUUUCCCAAACACCGUUACGGAGAGAAAGUGCUUUCUGGAUUGACCGUGUUGGUGGAGAAAUACGGCUGCCAGGAUGCUUAGAUUAUGAGACUGCUCCUCGGCUUGCAUUACUAAUCAGAGCGGAGGAUUGUGGAGGACCACCGUUGCCAUCCACGGCCACGGUUCACAUACGUGUGCGAGACGGCGACAACCACAUAGCGGAAGGCCGAGCCAGCCAGGGCGUGUUAUAUCUUGAGGUCCAAGAUGGUGAUUCGCCAUUUACGUCAGCAUGGAGAGUGAAGUUCAAUAUAUUAAAUGGCAAUGAAGAGGGACAUUUUGACAUUUUGACUGAUCCUGAGACCAGUGAAGGGAUUUUAAAAGUAAUCAAGCCUUUGGACUGUGAGACUCAGCCAGUGCGGAGCCUGGUCGUGGCCGUGGAGAACAAGGAGCCGCUCUUCUCCUGCGAAGGGGGGCAGCUGCAGAGGCCCCAGGCUGCGACCAGCACCACCGCGAGUGUGCGGGGGGCCAGCAUCAACGACCCGGCCGCCUUCCACCCCGGGACCUUCCUCGUCAUUGAAGUCAACGGCGCUGGGCCUGGGACUCAGGUGGGAAUUUUUAAUGCUACUGAUCCGGACAGAACUGCCAGCCGGAUAAGAUACGAACUGGCUUAUGAUCCGGCAGGUUGGGUCAGUGUAGAUGAGCUCCCGGGGGCAGUAAUCAGCAGGAAGCAAGUUGACCGCGAAUCCCCUCAUGUGAAUGGCAGCUUUUACAUGAUCCUCGCUCAUACUGUUGAUGAUGGUGUCCCUCCACGGACGGGGACGGGGACCAUGCUGCUCUUCCUGUCAGACACCAACGACAACGCACCCACCCUCCACCCAAGGUCUCUAUACCUGGCGGUGGAGUCUGCAGGAGGCAAGCCCCUCCCCAUCGAGGCGGAGGAUGGGGACCAGGAGCCCUACUCCGACCCGUUCACCUUCAAAUUGGACAAUACCUGGGGAAACACAGAAGACACGUGGAAACUGGGGGAAAAUCAUGGUCGCUCAGUGGAACUUUUAAUGCUGAGAAGCCUCCCACGUGGUGACUACUUGGUGCCGCUUUUCAUCGGAGAUAAACAGGGACUUUCCCAGAAGCAGACUGUCCAUGUGAGGGUCUGUUCCUGUCCCGGUGGAUUCACAUGCGCAGAGCCCUGUCGGGAGCCGGGCUCCUCCAGGGGGAUCCUGGCCUCUCUCUGUGCAGCGUUCAUAGCUCUGGCAGCCGCUCUGCUUUUCCUGCUGAGAUGCUAUUUUGUGUCUGAAGCCAGGGCAGGGAUCUCUAUGCCACGUGAGGAAGGCACCCAGACCCUGAUCAUGUGGAACGACGAGAGUGGAGCCGCCCCGUCCAGGUGGUGGAACUCGGUGCUUGUGUUUCCUGUCGAUGAAAGGUCAUACGUCAGGGAUCAGAUGUCAGCCCUGUCCAUCAACACAGCCGAGGCCGGCGCCAAGCUGGGCGCUAAGGAUUUCGGCGAAAUGCUGCCAUCUUCGCCAAGUGCAUCACACCAAGUCCACUUUGUGCUGGGGACUCUGGUUUACCUGGAUACUGUGGUGCCCAGAGGACCCCUGGAAGUGAGGGUACGAGUGAUGGCAGGGAUGCUGAGUCAGCAGCUCGGUGGUGCUGACAUCCCCAAGGGAGACCCUGGUUACCCACCUCACGUCUACACAGAGGAGGGCAAGCGUGAGCGAGCAGAGACCCGCAGUUCUCUCGCCUUCUCCGACCAUGACCUGUCUCCUGACUUGCUGGACUCUUUGGGGCCAAAGGCUGCUCCACUGGAAGAAAUAUAUUCUGAGUCAGGUUUUCGUUUCUUAAAAACUGCAUAUUUUGGUGAAUUGGAAUAA